AGAAUGUAAUUCAAUCAUAUUUUCUUUUAAAGAAUGAGUUCCACAGACGUCUCGGUCAAAAUAUGGCCGAGAACUUUUAUCAUUACCGAGACAGCAUUCCAACUGUCUCCUCAUGCAAAACUUUCCCCCUUCUUUCUCAAAAAAAUACUGCCUUAUGUGAAGGAAAAAUCAAAACGAGGAAUCGGAAAAGUUUCCCAGAAAAUGUGGCGUCAUAUUUGUGUGAACAAACUGCAGAUGAGUGAAGAGAUUGGAAAUUUUUACUUUGAGUAUUUCCUGCUUCUGACGUCAUCGCCAGCCGAGAGAUUACAGUCGAUUGCUCAUUUAGGAUCCGCCAACAACCUCGACAAAAUGACUCAUUUCAACCAGAUGACAGCCGGGAACGAGGGAGACAUGAGAAAGAUAGACAUCUAUGCAUUCAUGUGUUACCUUUUCUUCCAGCAGUUCCACAAAUUGUCUCUCAAAAGCAGUUACAGUUCGGCUACGAAUGAAUGGCCGGGGGGAAAUUCCAGUCACGAUCUGAGCGCAAGUUGGGGCGACAACUCGAUGGCUUCUCGGAAAGUUGCCGACGAGCAAUCGAUAGUGUUGUUCUUCAUUGAGAAGUUGGGAUCCUUGCUAGAAGUUCUGGCUUCACACACUUCAGGUUACUUGAGUCUGAAAGCUCUCUCUGGUCUCGACUUCCUGUUCGAAGGUCGUGUUCACGAGUCUUUGGAACCAAUCGGAGAUUUGGCUGUUCGAGCUCUAGGCUCUGGUUAUAAUCGAGAAUCCAAUACUUUUACUGUCAGUCAGUUUAACCAGUGGCUCUGUGGGACAUUGGUCGUGAGUCCUUUUGGCAUGCAAACGUCACAGUCUUUGGGGCUUAAAAUACCCUGCCCAGUUCCAGGCAUUCCGGUUGAUUCCAGCGUAGGCGGGUCUUCAGCGACUAUUCGGUCUAAAAUAAUAGUAUCCACGGGAAAUUAUAUUCCUAGGUCUGUAAUGCUUGCUCAUAUUACAAAACAGACUCUUGCCAAGACUGGAGCUUUGCUGCAAGAUAACUGUAUUAAACUGUUCAGAUGCACCAACUCAUUCAUUUACUUAUUAGACUCAGUGAAAAGCGUGCAUUUGUUACGAUGCAAAAACACGACAGUCGUGGUCGGCUCAGUCUCGACAGUUUUAUCCGUGAAUGAGUGUAAAAAUAUGCGAAUCAUUGCAGCAUGUGGAAAACUGUCUAUUCAGAAGACAGAAAACUCAACAUUCCACAUCCUUACAAAUACGAAUCCGUUACUGCUCUACGAAAAUGAAAACUUGACCUUAGCUCCUUUUAAUACAUGGUACGCGUCUUUCACACAUCACUUGACCAGGGCGGGGCUAUCGCUAGGCGUUAACUUUUGGAACACAGUUUACUGCCCCAUUCCAGAGCAAAAACAGUCGUGGAACAUUUUGAAACCGGAUAAUUUCAACCUCUUUGCGAUUCCGUUUGCAUUCCCUGAACUACAAGGAGUAGGAAAUGAGAACUCAUCGGCUGAGAAUGUGCUCAAAUAUUUGCCCGGCGACUACGCUAAAAGCUGGAUUGCGAGGCAAAGUCACUUGACAAACUGGAGAGGAGUUUUCGAUUCCAUCACUUCGGAGGAGCAGCGACUGGCAGUUAGUGAAGUAGUUAUGAACCAGUUCAAACACUGGCUCUCCUCUGAGCGACUCACCACCGAGAUAGACUCUCUGGCCCUUCUAACUUUGGGCCAAAUGAACGAAAGUAAUCCAAAUUGAUUGACCUGAACGCCUGUUCAAAUUUGUAAAUGUAAUUUUACUUCGUAGCUUAAUAUAACUCUUUGA